AUGGGAGAGCAAGCAGGGAGCUCUGUGAAAGAAUGGUGGGAAUGGGGUUGGUCAUGGAUCCUCUCCAGGAAACCGAUUUUCAUCAGAGAUCUCGAGCUCAACAAAGACGAAGCUAAAUCGAUUGGCUCUCAAAACAGAGGAAGCUUAAUGCACGUCUUCUUCAAGCUCCGAUCUCAGAUCCGCAAUCUCAUGGGUCCUUCCUCCGACACUCUUCCUCUCUCCUGCAAGCACAAGCGUCAACGAUAA